UUGAAGAGGAUUACGGGAUGUUCGUCUGGCCGUGCAGCGUCAUCCUCGCGGAAUAUGUCUGGCAGCAGAGGCUGCGGUUCUCCCACUCAAGAGUUGUCGAGCUUGGUGCCGGAACCUCGCUACCCGGUUUAGUAGCUGCAAAAGUUGGAGCAGAUGUCACGCUGACAGACAUUGCACAUAAUACAGAAGUACUGAACAACAUCAGACAAAUAUGCAGUCUCAAUGAUGCCAACUGUAAGGUGGUAGGACUUACUUGGGGAGAAUGGGAUGAACCUGUAUUUGAUUUGCACCCUGAUAUUAUCCUUGGAGCCGAUGUGCUUUAUGAUUCAGCCAAAUUUGAUGAUCUGUUCGCGACGGUUACAUUUCUCCUGGAAAAUUCUCCUGGGGCAGUGUUCAUUACCACAUACCACAACCGGAGUGGUCAUCAUUUGAUUGAAUUCUUGAUGGUGAAGUGGGGUUUGAAAUGUCUGAAACUCCUGGAUGGGUUCUCAUUCCUUCCCUCAUGCAAGGCUGAUUCACUACAGGGAAACAUUCAGCUUGUUGAGAUCGCACUUGAGAAGGCAAAACCUAAAUGAUCUUCAGGUAAUGGGAGUACACUAGCUUCAUGUAUUUGAUUAGAUUAAAAUAUUGCAUGUAAUCUUCAGAAUGGUUCUUUGUUUUCAUGUGCUC